UUACUUUUGACUGUGCCUGGCGGUGCAAAGGGGGGACGAGGCUCUUAAAAAACCGUCGAAGUGUGCUGCUUACCAUUUUCUGUCUCGGGUGCCCAAAGCACAUGACUUUAGAAAUACUUUGAGGUCUCCAUGCCCUCCCAUUCCUAACGGAAGACCGGUGCGACAAUGACCAUCCAUGUAGAGGGGCUUGUGGCUAUCGCGAUCUUCUAUCUACUGAUCCUGGUCGUCGGCAUCUGGGCGGCAUGGAAGAACAAACACUCCGGGGAGGCGGAGGGGACCGACCGCAGCGAAACUAUCAUGGUCGGAGGGAGAGACAUUGGACUAUUUGUCGGUGGAUUCACCAUGACAGCGACCUGGGUUGGAGGAGGAUAUAUAAAUGGCACAGCUGAAUAUGUGUAUCUGCCAGAUUAUGGCUUGGCUUGGGCUCAAGCUCCCUUUGGAUAUGCCCUCAGUCUUGUUGUGGGUGGUCUUUUUUUUGCUAAGCCCAUGCGCUCACGAGGUUACGUCACCAUGUUGGAUCCGUUCCAGCAGAUAUAUGGGAAACGUAUGGGUGGCCUCCUCUUCAUACCUGCACUCAUGGGAGAGAUCUUCUGGUCUGCUGCCAUCUUGUCCGCCCUUGGUGCUACUCUGAGUGUCAUCGUGGACAUCAACAUUAAGAUGUCGGUGGUUAUCUCAGCACUCAUUGCAAUCUUUUACACCCUGGUUGGAGGACUUUACUCUGUGGCCUACACUGACGUCGUGCAGCUCAUCUGUAUCUUUAUUGGCCUGUGGAUCAGUGUCCCAUUUGCUUUGACCAACCCUGCGGUGUCAGACAUUACCAUUACUGCAGUGAAGCAUGUGUACCAGUCGCCCUGGAGAGGCAGCAUCAACAAGAGCGACACCUGGGUCUGGAUCGACAACUUCUGCCUCCUGAUGCUUGGAGGAAUUCCCUGGCAGGUGUAUUUCCAGAGAGUGCUGUCUGCCUCCUCGGCCACCUACGCCCAGGUCCUCUCCUUCCUGGCCGCUUUCGGGUGCCUCGUCAUGGCCGUGCCCUCCGUUCUCAUCGGGGCAAUCGGGGCCUCCACAGAUUGGAACCAGACAAGUUAUGGUGCCAUUUCUCCUAAAGAGAGGGACCAAGCGGACAUGAUUCUACCCAUCGUGCUCCAACACCUUUGCCCACCGUUCGUCUCUUUCUUCGGCCUGGGAGCGGUGUCUGCCGCUGUCAUGUCAUCUGCGGACUCCUCCAUCCUUUCAGCGAGCUCCAUGUUUGCGAGAAACAUCUACCAGCUCGCCUUUAGACAGUCGGCGUCUGACCGUGAGAUCGUGUGGGUGAUGCGCAUUACUAUCUUUGUAUUCGGCGGCCUUGCCACGUUAAUGGCGCUGGUGACCGGGACAGUUUACGGCCUCUGGUACCUGAGCUCAGACUUGGUUUACGUCAUCAUCUUCCCCCAGCUGAUCAGUGUGCUCUUUGUCAAAGGCACCAACACGUACGGCUCUGUGGCUGCCUACGUUUUCGGCAUGGUGCUGCGUAUAGGUGGAGGUGAACCCUACCUGCAGCUUCCUCCUUUCAUCUAUUACCCCGGCUGGACCAUUGAGCAGAGGAUACAUCACAUGACUGGAGAAAUGGAGGAAGUCGUCGUCCAGAAGUUCCCUUUCAAGACCGUCUCCAUGAUCGCCUCGUUUCUGGGUAACGUCGCUUUCUCCUACCUGGCAAAGUAUCUGUUUGAGAGCGGCAAGAUUUCUCACAAAUACGACUUUCUCGACGCAGUGGUGUCCAAGCACAGCGGAGAGAUUAUGGAUAAGACGACGCUUGUGACUCGCGGAAACAACAUCGGGCUGUCGGAGAUGGCGCCCGUCAAACCGCGGCUGAGCGUGACCUUGGCGGCUGCCUUCACACGCCGUGACACACUGCAGGCAGAAACAGUGGAGGAGGAGGAGGAGGAGUCCAGCCCUGAUUCCUCCGACCAUGGCGAAUAAUGACAAUCUCAGGAUGUGACUGAACACGUGAGUGAACUGUAAGUGAACUUACUCUGUCAGAUACUCGAAAAAGAAGUACGAGACAAACGUCCUCCCUUGGGACUAUAAAAGUACCACAUCCAACAUGUGGUGAUUGGAUACAGCCACAUGUUGAUUGUCCGGACAUGAAGUUCUCUUUCUGUGAAGUACAUCAAGCAUUCACUCAUAUAGUACUUAGAGAUAGUUGGGUUGUACUGCAUAUUCAUCCUUUGUUGAACUGCGCUGGAGAUCUACUUAAAGAACACUGUCUUCAUUGGAAUAAUUGAUGAGUGAGAGAUGCUGCAAAUCAUUUCUACAGUAGUAAAAUAUUUGAUGAGGAAUUAAAAAGGCAGGUACUUAAAAAGAAGCACGUGACAGCACAACCAUAGUUUGGAAGGUGGAGGGUUUACUGUAUGUACCAAUUAGAUAAAAGCAAUAACACACACUUGAACACCUGUGCAGAAAUCUUUUUUUUUAAAUAUGAUUGUGAAAGUAAAAUAGAUUGACAAAAAGAAAAUGAUGGAAAACAGGAUAUUUUAAAGCUGUGUCAUAUCAAGCCACUGAAUUUAUGUCGUGUGUAAAUGAACGUUUGCAGCUCUGACAUAAUUGGGUUUUGAUUUAUGAAUGAAUUAACACGUUAAAUCGACUGUAACGUCAUGAAUACAUCCAAUAUAUUAACCAACACCUAAAACUAGUUUUGUUUGAUACAGUUUCAACAGGCUUCUUCAUUAUUACUGAUAUAAACACAUCAUGACUGUGAAUCAAGAAACAAUCCAUGUAUCAUGCUGAGUAGAAAAUAUACAAGUAGUGACAGUAGUUGACUUGAAGCAUUAGGUAAUAUUCUCUUUAAUGUCAGGUGUAGAAGAAGUUUUAAUCUUAAGAAUCAGUGUAAAUUAGUGUUUAAAAUGAUCUUGUAUUCAACUGCCUUAAUGAAACCCAUAAAAACAGAAACUUUUAUUUCCACAGUUCUGACUGGACUCUGGCGAACAAAGACUUGAAUAUGAAUGUAACCUCUACAAAAAGAUCUAAAUAUAUUGAGUAGUGUACUUCUACUGCUGUGUGUGUGUAUGUUUUUGUUUGUGAUUUUGCAAAGUCAAACAGUAACUGGUGCAGAACAAUGUGGCGGCAGGUUCUGCUUCACAAAUCUGUUCUUCUUCAGCAGUGUACAGAUUGUUUUCUCUGUGACGUGUAUGUUUGUAUAAAUAUGGAGAAAAACAAAACAAAUUAUACUGGUUAUAACUGUUCAUAUAAGAUAGAAAG